AUGGCUACCGUAUUUGGAUUCUCUGCAGCAGCUAGGUCCUUCCCGAUAGGCCAGCCAAGGUCAGCUCGUGAUCGUUCUGCAGUACGUGCGAGCGGUGGCGCCACCGACUUGGAGAUGCAAUCCUCGUCCCGCAGAGCCCAAGCAGCAUCUGGAGGAAGCACUCUGGCACCUCCUGGAUCACAGGAUGAUGAGCCCUCUCAGCUCGGGCAUGGCAGAGAGGCCAGUGGCAGGUCCGUCAUGUCCAACAUCAGCCAGAGGUUGAGAAACAUGAGGGAGAACGACCGAGCUGCCACUGACAACGCUCUGCAGAACAACGAGGAUAUCAGAAUGGCUACGCAGGAAGCGAUGACCGCUCAAGCCAACGCUACCGCGGAUGGCAGAGCCGCUACAGAUCUUGAAGCUCAAGCUGCUCAAAAUGGCGCGCCAUCCCGCAAUGCUGCAUACCUAGCCGGUCUGCGUUCCUCCAAGAAAGGCCCAAACAGGCGAGAGCGCGAGGAGGCGGCCUGUCUCUUUGGUCCUAACCUCGCUACUUACUUCCCAUCCAACGCGACCUUCUCUGCCGUCUCGCCUUCAGCAGCCGCCCAGCCUGCCGCUGUGGAGCCAGCACAACCUGGAGCGUCCGCAGUCGUCGCGCCGCCAGGCAGUCAAAGUCUGGCAGCCUCAUUGGGACGAAAGGCGCGACUGGGUAGCCGAGGCCGUGCCCGAGGUGCAAGCCUCAGCGGUGUAGCUAGUCAAUUGAGCUUGCCAAUCGGUGCUAGUGAGAGUGUGGCGAGCUUGCCUCAGGGACAAGACCCUGUCGCUUCUCCUUCUCACCCACUCGACGGCAGCGCCCCUCAGCACGCGGACAUCACCUCGACCACAGAGGCACUCAAUGCCGUAGCUUUGGCCGAUGGCAUCGAAUUGGACACGCUUCAGAGGUGGAUUCACCGAAGCGUGGAUGGUCAGGCGCCACUGCACUCCCCUAACCUUGACAUUUCGGCAGUUCCCGAUGCAUCGGGCGCCCCUCCCGCUGUGUGCUCAACGCUACAAAGCUACGUAAAUCUAAAGAGGAACACUGUCAAACUUGUUUCCGAACCGGGACAACCGGCAGUAAUUGCUGCUUCUCCUAUGGUCAAUGGGGACACGACCGCACCAAGCUCGCCCCUUGAACCGACGAGUCCAGGAGGCUUCUCCGCAUCCGAAACGGGUGCUUCUGGAUUACGCGUGGCUCCAUCUUUCAGCAGCAUCACAGCCCUAGGUGCUGGAGGCCCACGCAGCGGUCUGGGUCUUCCUGCCUCUCCUCUCGUAGCUCAACACGGUCGAACAGCCUCGUCCGCAGCGCCUCCCACGACGCACAAGCUCUCCUUCGAGUACGAUUGCGCAGCUCCCUUUGCCAGUGUGCAAGUGUUCUUGCGUGCGAGCCGCAAGCACGGCAGCUGGAAUAGCGACUUUGCUGCUGAUAGAAGCGUCUCUAAUGCGAUCUCGGAUAACUUUUAUGCGCAGCGCGGCCCCCCUCCUCAUGUGUUAGGCUGGCCAGUGCACUCCGCACAAGUCAAAAAAGGCUUUGGCGAUCCUCUAUCCAUUGCGUUGGCACUCCAGCUCGCUUACUAUGCGCCUGCCAGUGGCAGAAAACGUGCCGGAGACGUCUCUGAGGGAGUUGGCGGCGACGUAAACGCAACGAACGACUUGCCGCUCGAAACCCCUGCGCUGAACGCGAGUAGGCAGUUGGAAUCUGCACCUGCACCUGUACCUGGCCCCGCCCCGUUGCCAGUCAUUCCGGAUCAGCCCGUUCCAGAGACCAAGGAGGCUCGCGCUGCUCGCGAAAAGUCAGAAAGAGAGACCUUGAAGCUGGCGGUCGUCGUGGAAGCUCUGGACGAGGAUGGCAGACCGCUGAGCGAACCUAACCUGCAGACGACCUAUAUGCGUGUUACCAGCUUGCCUGUCAAGCCUCCCGCGGGCGACGGCGCCGAGCCAGCUUUAUUCGCUCCGCGAGCUUGGAGCAUACAGGUGGAAGGGCAAGAAGCCGAGGUGCGUGUUGACCGGCACGCUAACAGAAAAUACGCGAAUGCUGACCCAUCGUGUCGACAACGUUCUUUGCUACAGAUUGGCGCUCAUCGUUUCCAACUGCAAGAGCUGUAUGGUCUGUCCAGGCGCCCCCCACCCGUCCGUCCAGCGCCGCCAGAAGCUGGUGAAGGGGAAGACGGUGAAGCCACGGCGGGCAGCGUCCCUCCGCCACCACCAAUGGACCUUGAUGGCAGCAAUGGAAGCGAGUGCAUCAUUUGCCUCUCCGCUCCCCCUACCACUUUGCUGUUGCCUUGCACGCACUCCCUUUGCUUGGAGUGUGCCGUGCAGCUCAGGGAGAGCGUCAAGGCUAUGAGAGAGACGGAGCGCAGGAGGGGAAGAACGCCACGUCGCAAAUACAACUGCCCUGCUUGUCGACGAGGUGAGUCGCUCGCUCAGACGAAAUCAUUUGAGAGGUUGCGAGCAAGUCGAUGCUCACGUCCUGACUCUAUGAUCCUCAUCCAGCAUUCACAAGCAUGCUGCACCUCAGUUCGGCUGACGAAAAGCAAAUCGCACAUGCUAACGUCUGA